CCUCGCUCCAACAUGGCGCCCGCGGGCGGCCUCGUCACGGUCCUCAUUGGGGCGCUGGCGGCCGCACUGCCCCACAUCCGGGCCUUCAACAUCCACCCAGCCCCACAUCGUGUCCUGACCCACAGCGGCGCCCACAGCUUUGGGCAUCAAGUUCUGCAGCUCAGUGGGUCACGGCUGCUGGUGGGGGCCCCGGCGGAGGCGGGGGGCGGGGGGCGGCUCUUCCAGUGCCAAGUGGAGAGCGGGGAGUGCCGGGAGCUGGAGCUGGAAGGGAACAGCUCCCGGACCCACAUGGGGAUGGCCUUGGCCAGGGACGGUGACGGCACCAUCGCCUGCGGCCCCGGCCUGACCCGCGAGUGUGACCGGAAUGUGCUGAGCAGCGGCCUCUGCCUGCGCCUGGACCCGCAGCUCCGGCCCCGGCAGCUCCUGGCGCCCGGGUACCAGGGUUGCCUCCAGGGACUGGUGGAUCUCGUCUUCCUCUUUGAUGGCUCCAACAGCAUGAGCCCGGAGCAGUUCGGUGCCAUCCGGGACUUCAUGGUGGAUGUGAUGGAGAAGCUGGAGAACACCUCUAUCCACUUCGGGGCAGUGCAGUUCUCCACCGAGGUGCAGCCCCAGUUCACGUUGGCUGAUUACGCGGCUCGGCCCCGGCCCCGGGAGCUGCUGCGGGGCCUGCGCCAGCUCGGUCACCUCACCGACACCUUCAGCGCCAUCGCCUACGUCACGAGGCGGAUCUUCACCCCCGCGGGGGGGGCUCGCGCCGGGGCCCGGCGGGUUUUGAUCAUUGUCACCGACGGCGACGCCACCGACGAGGACCAGGGCAGCGUGCGGGAGGCGGAGCAGAAUGACAUCAUCCGCUACGUCAUCGGCGUGGGCAACAACUUCAACAGCCCCGACACGCGCCUGUACCUGAGCCAGUUCGCCUCCCGGCCCAGCACCGAGUUCGUGAAGGUCCUGGACAGCUUCGAGAAGCUCCGGGGGCUCUUCCAUGACCUGCAGGCCAAGAUCUAUGACAUCGAAGGCACCAGCGACCACAACCGGUUCCACCUGGAGCUGUGCUCCAGCGGGAUGAGCAUCGCUGUGGUCCAUGGUCGUCGUGUGACCGGGGCCGUGGGGGCUGAUAACUGGGCCGGGGGGUUGGUGGAGCUGGAGCAGGACACGAAGAACGAGACAUUUGUGGGCAGCCCCACGCUGGAGGAGAACGUGACGGACACCUACCUGGGCUAUGCAGUGACUGGGCUGCGGGUCCCCGGCCGGGCGCUGGUGGCCGCGGGCGCCCCCCGACACCUCCAUGUCGGCGCCAUCGUCCUCUUCGAGGUGCUCCCUGAGGCUGCUGGGAGCUGGCGGGUGCUGCAGACCCUGCCCGGGGAGCAGGUGGGGUCGUACUUUGGGGCCACCCUCUGCGCCCUGGAGCAGGGCGGGGAGACGGUGGCGCUGCUGGUGGGAGCCCCCAACCACUUCGAUGGGCGCCGUGGGGGACGGGUGCAGCUCUACCGGUGGCAGGAGGAGGCUCUGCAGGUGGCCGAGGAGCUUUGGGGUGCUGCCGGUCACCCCUUGGGUCGCUUUGGGGCCUCUCUGAGCAUCCUGGGUGACCUGGACGGGGAUGAGCUGCCCGAGGCGGCCGUGGGGGCCCCCAUGGAGGAUGAGGAGCGCGGCGCCGUCUACAUCUUCUCCGGCCGUCCCGGGGGCCUGCAGAGCCUCUACAGCCAGCGGCUGGAGGGGCAGGAGGUGGCCCCGGGGCUGCGGUUCUUCGGGCAGGCGCUGGCCGGAGGCACCGACCUGAGCGGGGACGGGCUGAGGGACCUGGCGGUGGGGACGGGAGGACACGUCGUGGUGCUCAGGUCCCGCCCCGUCCUGUCCAUCAGCCCCGAGCCCUGCAUCGAGGACUUCGUGACCCCCAUCCGCCUCUUGCUCACCAUCUCCCUGCCCCAUAGCGACCCCCCGGGCCCCAUGUUGCGGCCCAACACCUCCACCACCUGGAUUGAGAUCCCCUUUGAGAAGAACUGUGGGGCAGAUGAGGUGUGCGAGUCCGACCUGGGGGUCCGGGCGCUGCCGGGGGGCGCGGCCCUGCUGGGUGUCCCUGGAGCCGAAUUUGGGGUUCGUUUGGUUGUGGGGAACGCGGGCGAAGACGCUUAUGGGGCAGCCCUACAAGUGCAGCUCCCCGCGGGGCUCUCCUUCCGCCGGGCCCAGGCCACACGGGCCGGCGCUCUCCUGUCCAGCACCUGCUGGGACACUGUGGGGCAACCGUGGGGCCUGAGCUGCAACAUCAGCCGCCCUGUCCUAGGCGCUGGUUGGGAGGUGAUGGUGGAGCUGAUGUUCCACAUCCACCCCAACGCCUCGUGGGGGGAAUCUGUGGGGCUGAGCGCGGCUGUCAGCAGUGACAACGAGCCCCACGGCACCAUGGGGGACAACGCGGCCUCUUGGGAUGUCCCCGUCCGCUUCGCCCUCGAUCUUGUGGUCACCUGGGACGAAGCCUCCACCCCCUACCUCAACUUCACUUCCCACUACCCCCAAAACAAGACACUGCAGCAUCGCUAUAGGCUGGAGACCCUGGCGCCUCCGCCCCAUGGCAGCCCCCGGCCGCUGCUGACGCCCUUCGUCCUCCUGCCCCUCACGCUGCCCCAUGGCGUGACGGUGUCUGACCCACAAGUGCGAGUGGAGCCAGGUGGUACCUGUGUUGCUGUGGGGCAGGAGGAGGAAGACGCUGUGGGGCAGGAGCUGCGGCAGAGCAUCACCGAGACCUGCUCCACCCCCCACCUGCUGCUCCUCCACUGCCCCACGGUGCCGCUGCCCCACUCGGGCCUGCUCCUGCUCUCCCUCCGCGCCAGCCUCAGCGCCCCCCCCGACAUCCAGCGCCCCGCCCGGCCCCGCUUUUGCUCCGCCCUCUGGCUCGCCCCUCCCCCACGUUUCGAGGCCGCCCCCGAGUUCCUCCGCGCGCAGGGGGUCACGGAGGUGGAGCUGCUGCGGGACCUCGACCCCCGGCCCGUGUACGUGGGGGGAGGGGUGGGGGGGCUGCUCCUCCUCCUCCUCAUCGCCUUCGGCCUCGCCAAGUGCGGCUUCUUCAAGAGGAACUACCGGGAGCGGCUGGAGCGGGGGGGGGAGGGCUGA